AUUCUGAGGUAUAUAGCGUAUUUGAAUCAAACCUUCUGCCGCGCAUAAAAGCAAAGAAAGAAUGGAAGAAAAAGAAAGAAGUAUCGCCAAUUUAAUCUCAAAAUGCCCAAACAUUAGAGUUCUCCGUCAAAUCCAUGCUCAUCUUCUCACUCAUCCACUCCUACCCAUCUCUACUCUUUCAUUUUCUCUCUCUAAACUCCUCUCCUUCUGCUCUCUCUCUCCUCAUACAAACCUUAGCUACGCCCAAAAACUCUUCUCUCAAAUCCCCAAUCCCAACAUUUUUGUUCACAAUUCUCUCAUCAAGGCAUGUACUAAUCUUCGAAACCCAUCUCAUAAACCAUUUGUAAUCUUCAAAACGUUGAUUAAUAGAGGUUAUCCUAAAUCAAACACUUUUACGCUGUCAUUGAUACUCAAGUCUUGCUCGGUUUUAUCGGAUUUUGGAGAAGGUGGGCAGGUCCAUUCUUGUGUUAUACGAACUGGUUUUGGUUCCAAUGUGUUUGUUCAGAGUGCAUUGGUUAAUUUUUAUGCGAAGUGUGAGGAGAUUGCGGGGGCACGGAAGAUGUUUGAUGAAAUGACUGAGAGAAAUUUGAUCGCUUGGAGUAGUAUGAUUAGCGGGUAUUCGAAAUUGGGGUUGUUUGAUGAGACAUUGGGGUUGUUUAGGGAGAUGCAAAUGGCUGGUGUUGUGCCUGAUGAAGUGAUUAUGUCGAGUGUGGUUUCGGCUUGUGGUGUUGCUGGAGCGUUGGAUGUUGGGAGGUGGGUGCAUUUGUAUAUUGAUAAGAAGAUGAUUGGAAAAGAUACUAUGUUAAUGACUGGGUUGGUUAAUAUGUAUGCUAAGUGUGGUUGUAUUAAUGCAGCUAAAGAAGUUUUUGAUGCAAUGCCGGUUAGAGAUACUAAGGCGUGGAGUUCGAUGAUUGUUGAUUUUGCAAUUCACGGGCAUGCUGAAGAUGCAUUACAGACAUUUGCUUUAAUGGAAGCAGCAAAGGUGCGGCCAAACAGUGUGGCAUUUCUUGGUGUUUUGCUAGCAUGUGCUCAUGGUGGGCUAGUCUCUGAUGGCCGUAGAUAUUGGUCUACAAUGCUAGGUUAUGGGUUUGAAGCAUCAAUUGAGCAUUAUGGCUGCAUGGUUGAUGUAUUAUGCCGUGCUAACCUUAUUGAAGAUGCUUAUGCAUUUGUUGAAAGAAUGCCUAUCAAACCAGAUCCAGCAAUUUGGCGAACUUUACUUGUAGGAUGCAAGAGGAACAAAAUUUUGGAGAAAGGUGAGUUGGUAGGUGAGCGGUUGCUCAAGUUAGAGCCACUAAAUGCAGAAAAUUAUACUCUCAUAUCCAAUCUUUAUGCAUCGUGUUCCCAGUGGGGGAAGAUGAGCCUUGUGAGGAAGCAAAUGAAGGUUAAAGGUGUCAAAGUAACACCUGGUUGUACGUCUAUCGAAGUUAAUGGUGUUGUCCACGAAUUUGUAAUGGGUGAUUGGUCUCAUCCAGAGCACAAGGAGAUAAGAGAAGUUCUGGAGGAUGUACGUCAGAGGGUCCAUGAUUCUGGGCAUGAGCCCUGGAUUUCAGCUGUAUUACAUGAUGUGGGUGAUAAAGAGAAAGAAAAUGAUCUUUGUGAGCAUAGUGAAAGACUUGCAAUUGCUUAUGGACUAUUCAAGACUAAAGCGCCAACGGUGAUUAGGGUAGUAAAGAACCUCAGGGCAUGUGAUGAUUGUCAUGAAGUGACAAAGAUUAUCAGUAAAUUGUACAUGAGAGAGAUCAUUGUUAGGGACCGGCUCCGGUUCCACAAAUUUGUCAAUGGAUCUUGUUCUUGCGGAGAUUUUUGGUAAAUCUGGGAUCCCUGUUACUAAUAUUAUCAAACAACCCAAGUCCCGAGAGGGCAUGAAUUCUUCAAUAUUUGAUCUCAACACAGAACCUCAAAACCGAGGCAUCAAGUCUUGAAUCACGACAACAAACUUAAUGUGAGGCAUACAUACACCGAGGCACACUACAAAGGCGUGGUUGAUCUCAACACAAAACCUCAAUAGUUGGAUGAUCAAUUUAUCGUGAAACUUACAUUGGUUCAAAACCUAUAUAUGGAUUACACUUAACAUUAUUAUUCUGUCAUGCA